GGCCGGAAUGCCUAGGUGGUCGGCUUAACUGUAGGCCGAUUCGCGAUACAAAGUUCUACCCGUUCACCUGCGAGGAAUCCAGAGAUAGUUCUACUCGGAGCGAACCGGUUCGGAUGCCAGUUUCUCGUGAGGUUCCAAGUUCAGAAAUGGACAGCGAAGUCGAAGCCCGAUUUCGUCACCGUUUGGACGCGCACGGAAUGGUUGACGGGUGCACAAAAAACGGGCACAUUAUCGAGCGAAGCGAAAAUGCCACCGAUAAGAGGAUAUGUGACGAAUCCCAUCGCGGAAAGAUCAGUACGCCCUCAUCAGGGUCUGAUUUCGACGACGAAGAGAACGCGGCCAGAAUCAAAGAGAUAGCCCGCACUAUGAAUCUCGAGAGGAGACGCUGCGCGCUAGAGGAACUUGUAGAGACAGAAAAGUCCUACAUAGAUGAUCUCGAGAAAGUGGUCGGAGGUUACAUGAAAGUCAUCGAUGAGCCGAUCGAUUCGGACGACGCGAUCCAAGUUCCAGAUGAUCUCAUGAGAGGGAAGAUCCGAUUUGUCUUCGGCAAUAUCAAAGAAAUUUAUGACUUUCAUCGAAACUCUUUCUUGGCGAAAUUGGAAAGGUGUCGGGAGGAGCCGGAGCAGCUAGGUCGCGUUUUCAAGAGUUGCGAGCGACAGAUGAACAUGUAUGUCAGGUACCAUCAGAACAAACCCUAUAGCGAAUACAUCGUUUCGGAAUACGACGACAAUUUUUUCGCGAGAAUUCAGCAGCAGCUUGGUCACACUCUCACACUGUCGGAUUUGCUCAUCAAGCCCGUACAGCGGCCAAUGAUGUACAAACUCCUCCUCUCAUCGAUUCUGAAGAUGAGCAAGAAGGCCGAAAUUACGUCGGGCAUUGAAGAUCUCGAAGACGCGGUCAAGAUGAUGCAUCUCUUGCCCCAAAUGAGCAAUGACAUGCUGGAAAUCGGUCGCAUCCAGGGUUUCGAGGGAAGACUCGGCAAACAAGAGAAGCUCUUGCGCAAGGGUCAAUUGUUGGUCCUGGAUAUGAGUCCCGGCUCUCCUUGUGCGGUUUCGAGCAGAAUCCGAUUCAAACAGAGAAGGGUGUUUCUGUUCGAACAAAUAAUCAUUUUCUGCGAGAUGAUCGACGGUAAAACGAAGUUUUCGAAACCAACAUUCAUCUUCAAGCACAGUCUGUCGCUGAACAAAACGAAACUGCAUUACGAGGGUAUGGAACCUCUCCAGUUUCUACUCACGACCAGAGACGAAAUCAACGAAGGCGAAUCUUUCGUCUUACAAGCACCUUCGGAGAAAGAUCGACGAGAAUGGAUCGAGAGCAUCGAGAGAGUUCUAGGCUCUCUAUUGGAUUUCCGGAGAGCUCUGGAGUCCCCCAUCGCUUACCACAAAGGGCUCGGCGAAGACACGCCCUCCCCGACGAUUUUGGAGAGUCCUCUGCCACCCCACAUGAUGCUCCGGGUGUCGUCUGUGAAGAAAGGAUGGAGGAAAAAACCAUCGUCUGCCGCCGCCGGUGGACGCGAUGAUCCGUCGUCUUGCGCAGAAGAGGUGGAUUCCGGUGGCGGAUCUGCAUUGCACACGUCAUCGACGGAAAGGAAAACUUUCUUGCGAGAUUUCUGCAAUAUCUUCCGUCCCUUGAAACGAUUGUUGAAGGAUAAAAAUCAUACACAUAUCUGACAUCGGCGACGACCUCACGCAGGUCGUGAUUAUCGCUCCUAUUCCCGGGGAGUCGCGAAUGAUCCAAGGAUCCAUGUUAUCUUGUGACGGAAUAUAUAUAGAAGUCUCUGACGGAAUAUUCCGGUUCGGACGAAGCAGUUAUGGAAGAGUUUCAAAAUUGAUCUUAAUCUCACAAUGUCUCAAGCUGGAGUAGUUGGAACAGGUCUUGAUCGCGACCAAAGUUGUAGAGAGAGCUCGCACC